GCCGUUGCUGGCUCACCACAAGGUCGCCAUGUCUGACGUCGACGACGAGCUUCUCGCUCUCGCAGGUGGGGAUUCCGAUGAUGAAGCCUCCGGCAACGAGAGCAGGGGCGGAUCGCCAUCGCCGCCUCCAGCAAAAAGAAGUGGUUCCAAGAAAGGGGCGGGAAAGAAGUCGCGACGAGGAAACGAUGACUCCGAGGAGGAGGGCGAGGCGUGAGUGAUGCCCCUCAAAUUGGUAGCAUGAUGAUCUGGAGCUUGAACACUGUCCAGGCCCCCUAAUCCGCAUUCUGUUUGCGGCUCCUCCAGAUCACUGUGAUAUACUUACAGUAUGCUGACCUAUCGUGAUUUAGGUCUGCGCCAGGAACGCCAAACUCUCUUGAGUCCGCUCCUAUGGAUGAAUCUGACUCCGACGACGAACCAUCGCGAGGUCGAGCAGCGGCUGCAGAGGAUGACGAUGAGGCCUACCCUAUUGAUGGUCGAUACAAGAGUCAGAAGGAAAAGGCAGAGAUCAUGGCCUUGCCGGAACUCGAACGAGAGCAGCUUAUCGCUGAGCGUAUGACGGACAUAGAGCGUCAGCGACAGAACCGCCUGCUCCGUCAGAUGGUAAGCAACAUGGAGAAUGAGGAGCGCAAACAGGUCAAAAAGAAACGCAGUGCUGGAAAUGCGGAGCUGGAAGAUGGCGAUCGAAAGGCAUCACGGCCGCGCACAGAGAGCAAGAGGGAGACCGCGAUGGACUCUUUGCGCCAAGCUAAGGCAGAGAAAGCACGUCGACGGGAGGAUCUCGAGAGACGGAAGGAUAAUUACUCUCCACGCAGACGCAACUCUGGGGCAGAGGACAGUGACGAUGACUAUAAUCGCGGACGCUCCCCAACUCCCGAUGCCGACGAAAAUCGCGACCAACCGCCAGCUGAGUUACGCGAUUAUGAACGAGUUCGAUUGGGGCGAAAUGAGUUCGCUCAGGUCUGCUUCACCCCUGGAUUCGAGCAGGCUAUCACUGGAUGUUAUAUACGUAUUGCUCUUGGGCCGCAUCCUGAAAGUGGCAUUGAGCAGUAUCGUAUGGCAGCCAUCAAAGGCUUCACGACCAGUCGCCCCUAUGCUCUUCAGGGGCCCAACGGUGCGUUCGUCACAGAUCAGUAUGUCAAGGCGGCGCAUGGUAAGGCAAUCAAGGAGUUUCCUUUCAUCGCUGCCUCAAGCGGAAAGUUCACAGAGAACGAGCUCAAUCGAUACAAGGUCACAUGCCAUAAUGAGGGCGUGAUACUCCCAAGCAAGGCUUACCUUAUGGACAAAAUUGAUGAGAUCAAUGGCCUGAUCAAUCAUUCUUGGACCACAGAGGAAAUCAAGGCUCGACUUGCUCGGAUAAAAGAGCUGAAAAGGCGAUUUGACCCCGCCGAGCGAGAACGCAUAUCUCACUUACUCGAGGAAGCAAGACAACGGGGUGAGCACGAUAAGGCCGAAGAAUUACAGGAGGAGCUCGACAACCUUGGUUCCCAGCGCUUAGCAUUUAGGACGAGUCUGGGCUCUUCGAAGCACAACGAAGUACCCAAGGCCCAAACUGAGCAAGAUCGACUGGCUGAGCGUAACCGAGAGAACCGGCGGUUGAACGCGGAAGCUGUACGAAAGGCCCAGUUGAAGGAAAAAGCGAAGUCGAAGGAGAUCGAGGCAGCCCUCAAACGUGGUGAAACCUAUCAAGGUGACAUGUCAAGACGACUUAGGACCAAGGCCAAGUUCGUUUAUGACGGUAACGAGAAAGUGGAACAAAAGCCAGCGGCCAACGGUAGCGGGACCAACACUCCUGGGACUAGUACACCGAAGGUGACCGCCAAAUCCCAACUACUACCUCAUCUUGCAAAGCUGCAGGAGGAGAAACACAAAGAGAAGGGAAUCCCUACUAUACAUAAGCCGCUGAUGGAUGACGAUGUGAUCGGGUCACUAGACCUGGAUAUUGACGUUGAAAUCUGAAGGGGAAUACGAAGACAGGGGCGGGGCGUCAUGAGCAGCGUUUGGGUUGUUGUUAUUGUCCUUUACACAGUGCGUUACGGCUAGAACCAAGAGACAGGACAGGGCGGAUUACUCCAUAUCUUAACACAGAGUUUACUUGAGCCCAAGAGGAUUAAUGACCAGGUAGACCUUGGUGGACGGUCACUAUAAUUCUGAUG